GCCGCGCGGCCCGGCACUGGGGUAAAGGUCGCGGGGCGGAGGGGGCGGCACCGGCUCGGCGGGGACGCGUCGCCCCGGCCCCGCUGCUCGCCCGCCGCCAUGGCGGAGCCGCCGCAGCCCGUCAGCCCCGUGAAGAACUUCUUCGCUGGCGGCUUCGGAGGCGUCUGCCUGGUGUUCGUGGGGCACCCGCUGGACACCAUCAAGGUCAGACUGCAAACCCAGCCCAAGCCACAGCCUGGUCAGCCUCCCCUCUAUUCUGGGACCUUUGACUGCUUCAGAAAGACUCUCACUGCAGAGGGAGUCCGAGGCUUAUACCGAGGAAUGGCAGCUCCUAUUGUUGGAGUGACACCCAUGUUUGCUGUGUGCUUCUUUGGAUUUGGCUUGGGAAAAAGGCUCCAACAGAGAAAACCUGACGACGUUUUGACGUACCCUCAGCUGUUUGCUGCUGGCAUGUUGUCAGGAGUGUUCACAACAGUAAUCAUGGCUCCAGGAGAGAGAAUCAAGUGCCUUUUACAGAUCCAGGCAGCUACAGGUGAAACUAAAUACAGUGGCUCUUUGGACUGUGCAAAACAGCUGUACCGCGAGGCUGGGAUUCGUGGCGUGUACAAGGGGACAGUGCUCACCCUCAUGAGAGAUGUCCCAGCCAGUGGAAUGUACUUCAUGACGUACGAAUGGCUGAAGAACAUUCUGACCCCUGAGGGAAAGAGUGUGAGUGACCUCAGUGCACCAAGGAUCCUCUUUGCUGGAGGCCUGGCUGGGAUCUUCAACUGGGCAGUUGCCAUUCCACCAGACGUGCUGAAAUCCCGUUUCCAGACUGCUCCUCCAGGAAAAUACCCAAAUGGCUUUAGAGAUGUGCUGAGAGAACUUAUCAGAGAGGAGGGAGUUGCAUCUCUGUAUAAGGGCUUCACAGCUGUAAUGAUCAGGGCAUUUCCCGCAAACGCGGCAUGUUUUCUUGGAUUUGAAAUUGCCAUGAAGUUUCUCAACUGGGUUGCACCAGGUCUAUGAAGACUAGGAAGUCUUUGGAAAUUAGAGAGGAGAAAGGAGAGUGCAAGUCUGCCUUAAAGGAAUAAAUGAAUGAUCACUUGAUGUUUCAGGAAUGAUUGCUUGCCAGCACCUUUUUGCCUUCCACAUGGUGCCAUGUGCCAUUCAGAAAUAUAAGCUGGAGCUCUGACACAGAGUUGAUGAGGAGUUAGAGGUGCUCCUCCUGCCUUCUGAGCCAACGUACCACAGCAGGAAUGCUCCUCCCAGACAGCUGACACUGUUUCAGACAUUACCUUAAGUACUUCCCCAUGGAAGAAAGGGACACUUCUUAAACUGUAGUUCUUUAUUUACUGAAGAAACAUGUAGCUAUUAAUGCUGAAAAACUUCCUUAAAAUCAUUGUUUGGCAGCAUGUACUUACCUCUCAGGGCGUGCGUUAGCAGCUGCACACACUAGUGUCUGCAAGCAGUGUCAGACAGCAUUCUCAUCUCUUAAGUUUUUUUUAGUUGUGGCAGUUUCUGUGUUGACAGGGGUCUUGAUCUCACAUGCAUGUAGUGCAGCAAACACCAAACUCAGCAGGGGAGGCCAGAGUUGCCCCCUGGGGGGGGCACCACAGGACACCUUGCACACUGAUCUUUUCUGUGAAACUAGGGAGGGAAAAUGAAUUGUGUUGAACAUUUGUACUAAGCUUUGCUGAGGCAGCCAGUGAGGAAAUGUGUUUGAUUAGUCUGAACUUCUCUCUGAAAUCCCUUUCUGUCCCACAGAAGAUGCCCCAGUGUGAUUUCAGAAGUGCAGCAUGGUUCAGGGCGACCCAGGACAGAUUUGAUUCGUCAGGUGCUGUGUCCUGGGAUUCAAUCCCUGACCUUGACCUGAGAAAGUUUAACAGCACUUAUAAGAAUUCCAUUUCUCUCACAUGAGGGUGAUACAUGAAGGGGACACAGGCUCUCCAGUCUUGUCUGACUUUGUUUUUCCUCCUGUUCCUUGUUUUCUCUUAACAUGAUUAAACAUAAUCACUUUUUCAUUUGAGAAAUUACUAACACUAAGAAGCAAAAAGCAACUGUAAUUAAUUUUUUGUUUGAUGCAGAGCUAUUUGAACUCAAUAAAACAAGCUGCUGCUUUGCCAGAA